AUGAGGGCGUUUAGGGGCCGCACAGGGCCAGAAGCCCGGGGCGGACCGCUCCUUCCUCCCUCCAGUUACAAUAACAACAGAUUCCCGUUUUUUAUAAUGAACAUGGACAACAUGGAUGAGUCUGGGAAAAAUGCCAAGAAAUCAGAUUCAGCUUAUUCAAAUAGUUGUAGCAACAGUCAAUCUAGACGCAGUUCCAAAUCAACUCAUUCCGGAAGUCAUUCGAGUGGAAGUAGUGGUUAUGGAGGGAAGCCGUCUACUCCAGGAUACAGCACUAUACACCCGCCCGAAAAAAGAAUAAAAGAGAAUGAUUUGAAAACUAAGAACCAAACGAAGUCGGAUGUAUCACCAGAGGCGCAAAAUGACGGUGAGAUCCUACCAGUGUCGACUGGGAUUUCUGAAUCGCCGAAAGAAGAUCCUGGGAAUGCUAACGUCGUGCCAGCGCCGACACUUGUGCAACCCAAAACGGAACCAGAGAGCAUGGAUAUCGGCACCUCAGAGAGCUCAAGUACAAAGGACGAUUUUUUCGGGCCGAAUGAAGUGCACAAGGCUAAUGCCUCGUUGAAUUACGUCACCGGCCGACCACGGUCCACUUGUGCUGCUGGAUUUUCGUGUGUAAUAUCUCUGGAAGAUGGAGUGGUUAUGUAUACGACCGCAUCACUAACUACAACGCUCGGUUUCCCGAAAGACAUGUGGCUUGGCAGAUCAUUUAUAGAUUUCGUCCAUCCGAGGGAUCGCAACGAGCUCGCCUCGCAGAUAACAGACGGCUUAGCCUUACAAAAAAAUACAAAUGGUACGAUACAGAAAGCUCAAACACCUGAGGAAUCGUCAAUGGUGUGCCGAAUUCGCCGUUACAGGGACCUUUCCGUCGGGUUCGGCGUAAAGGGCACCGUCGUGACUUUUGUCCCUUUCCUAUUGAAAUUGUCGUUUAAAUGCGUGAACAGCCAAGACGGACAGGCGACAUAUCUAAUCAUAAAGGCCACACCGUUUUUCUCUGCGUUCAGAACUGCCAACGAACUUAUACCGCAACCUGUGCCAUUCAUCAUUCGACACACCGCUACCGGCAAUCUGGAAUACCUGGAUAUCGAGUCCGUGACGUAUCUUGGCUAUUUGCCGCAGGACGUUAUGAAUAAAGACACAUUGCUUUUAUACCAUCCGGACGAUCUGGCUUACUUAAAGGAGGUGUACGAGACCAUAGUUAAAGAGGGGUCAGCACCAAGAUCUAAGAUAUACAGGAUGAUGACACAAAAUGGUGAUUACUUGAAACUGGAGUCUGAAUGGACUUCUUUUAUUAACCCAUGGUCCAAGAAACUGGAGUUCGUCAUUGGGAAGCAUCAUGUAAUUGAGGGUCCCGAAAACCCCGACGUAUUCCAGUCUCCUAUGCAGAAUAAGAGUUCAAAGUUUACCCAAGAAGAGAAAGUAAAGGCAAAAUCCCAAAGAGAGAGCAUCGUCAAGAUUUUGAAAGAGGUACUUACUAAACCCGCCGAGGCAGCAAAGCGGCAAACGAACAUGAGAUGUAAAGACUUGGUGUCAAUUAUGGAGACUCUUUUAGAAGACCAACCAAAGGCGGACGAGGAAAUGCGAGUGAUCAACCAGGCUCCCGACAACAGUCAUUGCUGUCGCGGGGGCGCAUUAGUUAGCAAGAAGUCGGUGUUGCAGGAACGCGAUUCGGUGAUGCUUGGAGGUAUAUCACCCCACCACGACUAUAACGAUGGUAAAUCCAGCACGGAGACGCCAGUCAGCUACAACCAGCUGAACUACAACGUUACCCUUCAGAGGUAUUUCGAAAGUCACCCGUUUUACUCCUAUGAGGAUUACAAUACUGCGACUGGUGAAAAUAUCUUUGGCAUGAGUAAUCCCACGUCUAAUGCUGGGGACCCUCCCCCCCCCCCCCCCCCCCCUCCCCCCCCCCCCCCCCCCCCCCCCCCUAUCCCCCAC